AAGAUUCUAAACUCAAAAUUGUGACGAAAACAACACGAGCUUUGUUUUCGUGAGAUUCUAAAUAGAAAAAAUUCAGUGUUCGAACGAUUCCAAAUUCAAAGUGUUGUGGCGUUCUUGAUUUUAUAUGUGCUGGUGUUGUCAGUGUUAAGAUUAUUUGAUUUUUUUUGUUUAUGGCAAGAACAUUAGAGGAAUUUAUAAUCUUGCAGAGAAUAUCUUUGAGAUAUCUCAUCGCGAGGGAAUCGAAGCUCCUUUCACUAGGAAAGAGGCCGAUGAAUAAAAAAAUCGCGAAAGCCGUUGAAAAUCAUCAAGAAAAUAAUGUGUGGACUUGUUUUUUGGACUCUCUGAACGAGGAUUUGACGAGGAAUAUCAACGUUUUCGAGUGGAAACUCGGGGAAGAAGAAGCAGUCGAACUUAAACCAAGAACCUAUAGGCUUGAUUCGACUUCCCGUGAUAUUUUACUGCAUUACAAAAUGCCUUUUGGAGGAAGAAUGACCGAGGCGCCGAUUGUAAAAGUCGAGCAAGGGGAGCUGCAAGGCUGCGUGGUGACCAGCCCUUCUGGGAAGGCCUUCUACAGCUUCCAGGGUAUACCUUAUGCGAAGCCUCCUUUGGGAUCUCUUAGGUUUAAAGCACCACAACCACCCGAAUCGUGGGAAGGCGUUCGCGAUGCCACUUCAGAAGGAAACAUAAGCGCUCAAAUCGACCCGCAAACAAAACAAUACGUCGGCGAUGAGAACUGCCUCUUCCUAAACAUCUAUACUAACAAUUUAGACGGUUCUUUCCUACCCGUCAUGCUUUACGUACACGGAGGUGGUUUUAGAUUCGGGUCGGGAUCUUCUAGCCUUUACGGUGGCGAUUAUCUAGUCGAGAAAGAUGUUGUGGUUGUAACAAUCAAUUAUCGUUGUGGUGCGCUAGGUUUCCUAAGUCUUAACACUGCCGAAGUGCCAGGUAACGCCGGUCUCAAAGAUGUGGUGCAAGCUAUAAGGUGGGUUAAAGAAAACAUCCAUAAUUUCGGCGGGAAUCCAGGAAAUUUGACCGUUUUCGGGGAAAGCUGCGGCGGUGUAGCCACGUCCGUGUUGACGGCUAGUCCAUUGACCAAGAAUUUGAUAAGCAAAGCGAUUAUACAAUCUGGGACCGGAUUGAACAGUUGGGCGUUCCAGAGGAAUCCUGUGGAAAAUGCCAGGAGUCUCGCUAAGAAUUUGGGUUGUGACGCUGAAGAUGUUAAUGAUAUAUUAGAGUUUCUUGCAACUACGCCUGUCAAAGAUAUAGUAGAAGCAAAUGAAAGGAUGCAACCGCCAGACAGCUUUUUCGAAAAAGGCUCUAUACUUUUCGCUUUAGUGGUCGAAAAGGAGUUCCCUGAUGUAGAAGCAGUGAUAACUGAAGCCUUCAUCGAUGUCCUAACAUCUGGUAGAACCGCUGAAAUACCAAUAAUGAUUGGAAGUACAGCUUUAGAGUUCACUUUCGAACGCACAAAUGAAGAUCUACAAAGUUUCAUUCCAGACAAUUUGCGUAUAGAAAAAAAUACACCAGAAUCAGUCGCUAUAGCUGAUAGAAUCAAAUCUUUAUAUUUCAAAGGAAAUCACACUGGAGUCGAGAGUCUUAAUGAGUAUUUCGAGCUUCUAUCUGAUAAAUUAGUGAAUAUAGAUACGCACAGAUACGUGCAAUACUUAGUUAAAGUAUCAACAAAGCCGCUGUACUAUUACAAGUUUGAUUAUGUGGGGGAGCUAAAUUUGACUAAGAAGUUACUGUCGAGUUUGGGACUAAAACAUGCAGGGCAUAUGGACGAGUUGGGGUAUCUGUUCAAGAAUGAUCUUCAGAGCGACGUGGAGCCAACACAACAGGAUCUGAGGAUGAGGGAGCGGAUGCUCAGUUUAUGGACCAACUUUGCUAAGACUGGGAACCCAACCCCUGACGAAAACAAAUACAUUACAGUCGAAUGGCUUCCAGUAAACAAAGAUCACUUAUACUACCUCAAUCUAGGCGAAGAGCUAUCCCUAGGGACCAAUCCAGACAAGGAAAAGAUGGAGUUCUGGGAUGACCUCUACAACAAGCACUAUAGGAUCUGGGAACACCCUAAAACUAACAAUGAUGUUGAUAGAAACGAUGCUGGCGAUGUUGCAGCAGUUGUUUACACUGAAACAGUUGUUGAACCAGUCGAUGAUCCACAAUCACAAGUGGAGGCUGUUGUCAUCGAGACCACAGUUGUAGAAGCGGUUGAUACUAAAGAAAGUGAAGUUGUGGUCGUUGAAAGCGAACCGGAAAUCGUUGGUGUGGUUGUUAAUGAACAGCCAAAUGUUGAACCAGCUAAAGUGGAAGAAAAUAAUGACGGCGCAGCGGUAGAAACAGCUUACGAUCCACCGAAAUUUGUAGAAAACGCGUACGAUCCACCGAAAGUGGUAGAAACAGCGUACGAACCAGCCAAGAAUGGAGACAUUGAACAUGUUAAUGGAGACAGAAAAGUGAGAACGUCUAAUGAGAUCAAAAUGGUACAAAAUGCGAAUGGCGUUCCGAAAGAUGUGAUCAGAGCGAAUGAUCCACCAGAAGACGAUUUGCCCAAAAAUAUUGGAGUCAACAAAUUUGUGAAUUUCUUCGAAUCACUUGGCGGUAAAAAGUGAGGCCAUAUCUUUACAGUAUUUAUUUGUUCAUAAAUGGUUAAUGUAUUUUCGAUAACUAAGUGUCAUUAGAUAGAGGCAUUCUGCGAAAAAGACGUUUUAUGAUUAGAGGACUUUUUGCGAAACAGACAUUUUGCGCCUCAGCCAAUGAAGGGCCUGGGAAAAGGUAUCAAUUAGUUUAGAAUUUCAAUUAUUUAAUUGGAUUUUUGCAAUUCCGCAUUCAAUUGAAUAUAAUGUUUAAUGCCAUCUCUACACUGUCGCCGAACUGACACAUGCAGAAGCGAAUGUGUUAACAUUGCGUAGUUAGUAUGAGUGUUUGUAUUUACCGCAAUGAAAAACCAGCAAUGUAUACCGAAUUCGCCAAAGUUUGGCAAACUGUUCGACGACAGUGUGGAGCCAGCAUAAAUUAGUUUCCAUUAAAUACAAGAGUUUUUUUUUCCAAAAACAUGCUAUAAGAUAAAAAUACAAGAGUUUGACGUAUUGAAAAUGUAAUAACCAUUUUUUACUAACUUUUAAUUAAGUUUGUAUAGAAGCGAACGGCAAAAUUUGUAAAUUGUAUCGAAUUUUAUGUCAAUGGACUUUUUAUUUAUUAUUAUUAGAAAUUUCAGGUUUUUUUUUCAGUAUUUAUCCAUUUAUUUAGGAGAGUAAUGUAUAAAAAAUCGUUAGUUUAAAAAAAAUGUAUGCACUCCAUAAAUUGACUUCCAUUUUCUUAUUAACAUUAGAAUUUAUAAAAUACCAUAUACAUAUCAAUUUUCAUUGUAAUUUUAAAGUUUAUAAAUAUAGAUAAUUUUUUCAAUAUACAUAUAAGGUGUAAAUGUAUAUAUUUUGGCAUUUAUGUGCACCAAUUUAGGAUUAAUUUUCAUAUUUAACACCCACAAAAGUUUAAACUCCAUUUCAAACCAUAUUUAAAAACAUUAGUUUUAUCAUCGUGCAUUUAAAAUAUACACAUACAGAUUUUUGGUGUAAAAAGUUGACUUUUGACAUUCCACAAGGCCACUUUCUAAUACAAUACUAAUAAUAUAAUCUGACAGAUAAAACUGACAGCUAAAAUCAGACAGCCCUGUCCAACACUUGUGAAACACGAUUACGUUAUCUCUUCGAUUAGGUAUAGACUAAGCGGUGAAACAAGUCAUUAUUUAAAAUUAUAACUCAUUUCGCGAGUCAGUUAAAUGUCUGUCGAAGGUGUCAAAAAUAUAAUUAUUCGAAUAAUAACUUCGAUAUAAAACUAUUAAGUGUAGAUAUGUGCCAACAUGGAACUAGUGAUAGUGAUAAUUUAAAAAUUGUUAUUAAAUGUAACAAUAGAUGUGUAUUUUUAUAUAAUUGUACUUACGUAAAUAAAUUUAUUUAAAAAUUA